UUUUAGUUUGACAUGGUUGUCGCCGGUCUUGUAACCCGGAAGUCGUGUUGAAGUCUGCGUCACUGCGUGCUUACAGUUGUUGAAGUGUGAGUCGUUUUAUAUUAACGGAGCAAUUAGUAAAUAUGGAUUUAAGUGAACCAGAAUUCAACCCCUCUACGAGAGAGUUUGGAUGCGAGCAGAAUCUUCUUUCCAGACCCGACGGUUCAGCAACAUUCAUUCAAGGAAAUACAAACGUCUUGGCUGGUGUUUAUGGACCAGCAGAGGUGAAGGUCAGCAAGGAGAUCUAUGACCGUGCAACGCUGGAGGUCUUGAUACAGCCCAAAAUAGGCAUGCCAGGUGUUCCAGAGAGGGCCAGAGAGCAGUGCGUGCGCGAGACGUGUGAGGCGGCUCUCCUGUCCUCCCUUCAUCCUCGAUCCUCCCUCACCCUCAUCCUUCAGGAGAUACACGAUGACGGCUCUCUCCUGGCGUGCUGCCUGAAUGCGGCCUGCAUGGCUCUGAUGGACGCCGGCCUGCCCAUGAGCUGUCUCUUCUGUGGCAUCACCUGCGUCAUCAGCUCAGAGGGCCAGAUCAUUACGGAUCCCACAUCACAGCAGGAGAAGGAGAGCCGAGCUCAGAUGACCUUUGCGAUUGAUAGCAUCGAGAAAAGAGUGAUGAUGACCUCAACAAAAGGAGCCAUCUCAGUUCAAGAGCUUCAAGAGGCCAUAGCUUUAAGUCAGAGAGCCUCAGAGCGGAUUUUCCAAUUCUACAGAGAUUCAGUGCGUCGGCGCUAUUCCAAGCUUCAGUAAUCACAAGUGAGAAGACCUCACUACUUUGUUGGGACUUUUGUACAUUUUGUAAAUUCAUGAUGCCUUCAUUAUGCAUGUGUGUAUACUUCAUCAAUGGAAUAAUGGAAUUGUAGUGUGUGAUUCUCCAAUAAAUUCUUAACCAAUACAUUUUUA